AUUGCAGAGAAUCUUGGUAUUAGAGUCCAUAGAGAAUUAGAGACCACAGUGUCAACAACUAUAUCCAUUUUCUUUUAACUCCAUUAUUGCCUCACCAAAUUUCGAUUUCCCUCUAUUCAAUCGAUGUUUCCCUUUCAACAAAGUAAUGAAUUUUCGUCCGCAAUCUCCUGUAAUCCCCACCAAGACAAUCCAUUCUUAGCUGGAGCUUCUAAUAACCCUACCAACUUAAUGGGGGAUGGCCUGCCUCCUCGAGUAUUAGCAAAUUCAAACACUAAUAAUGAUGCUAAUUUAGCUUGCGAUGAGAAGAAGAUCAUUCGCAAGGAGAUCGAACGGCAAAGAAGACAGCAAAUGUCUACUCUUCAUGCAUCGCUUCGAUCCCUCCUCCCUCUUGAAUCACUCAAGGGUUUUAGGGUUUCGUUGAUGGGGUUGCAGGGAAAGCGUUCAAUGUCCGAUCACAUAGAUGAGGCCGCGAAAUAUAUAAAACACCUUCAGAAUAACGUCCAAGAAUUGAGUGUCAAGAGAGAUGAGCUCAAGAAUUUGUCGAAUUCGACUCCUCUUGAUGACCAACGGAAUGAAAUUAGUUCAUACAAUAAUUUGAUGAGCACCACUGUUACUGUGCUCUCUCGUGUCGAUGGAGUAGAGAUUGUUGCAAAUUCUGGGUACGGAGAAGACAGUUUUCUUCUAUCAAGAGUGCUAGACGCUAUUAUUGAAGAGGGAUUUGAAGUUAUUUGCUGCAUUUCCACCAAAAGAGAUGGAAGGUUAUAUAACACUAUUCAGUGCCAGGCUAGCCAUCUCCCUUGCAUGGAUGUAGCUGCGCUGCAACAAAAACUAAAUAAUGUGAUAUUAUCAUCGAGAUUCACUUCUAAUUGACUUUAUAGUCCAUGUAUGCACUGCUUAAAGUUGAUCUAUAUGAAUCCUAAAAUUGGUUAUAUAUGUUUAUAUGUGAAGAUGUAGUUGCAAACUCUUUGAUGACUUCUUUUUAUAGGGGUGUGAACUAAAGUGAAUCUUUGUAUCGCAACUAAACUAUCUUUGUAACUUUCCUUAAAUUGUUUGCUUAUCAAAAAAAAAAAAAAACACUGUGUGAUAUAUGUGACAUGAAAUCUAGGGGAUUGACGGGGAGAAAGGAUCAUUUGAAGAUGGGAGUGUUGAUACACUGCUAGCAUGAACAUGAAAUUUGGCAUCAGCAAAUAUAUAUCAUAUCACUGUCUAUUUCACAUCAGUAUAUACUUCAAGUGUGCCUGGGAUUAAGCAAGAUAAAUCCAUGCAACACUGAUCGACGACUAAGGUGAGGAAGAAGGCCACUCAGGUAAGUUAAUUAAUAAUUACUGCAGUUGCUGAUAAUGAGGAUCAUAAAGUUUGUUUUUGCACUCUCCAUAUGUUAUAAGCUUGCAUGCUAUUGUCAUUUGUUGCAUAUAUUUUCCAAAUACUAUUUAAUUUACACUCUCUUCUGUGGGGAAUGUGUGGAUUACAGGCUAGCUAUUUAUUUUUAUGAUAAAUUUAACAUGCUUUAGUCAUUAAAACUCUAAAAUAGUUUCAAAUUUCUUUUUGAUGAUGCAUUUUGUUAAAUGCCUUUAGGAUUUGAUAACACUUUGCAU